AUGGAAGGAGAUAAUACCAUGGGAGAUCAAGACAUAGGUCUAGAUGUUGAGAAUGAGCCUCUGAUUGGCAAGAAUUUUAAUUCAGAGAAGGAGGCUUAUGAAUUCUACAAUUCCUAUGGGGGAAGGAUGGGAUUCAGUAUGAGGAGAGAAUAUGCACAUUGGAGUAGAGCCGAUAAGUCAAUCCUAACUUCGAGGAAAUUUGUAUGUAGUAAACAAGGAAUAAGACCUAAGGCCAUAUUUGAUUACAUGAGCAAGCAAGCAGGUGGAAGAGAAAACCUUGGAUACACCAGUCAAGACCAUAAGAAUUAUCUCCGAACAAAACGUCAGCGUGACUUAUCUUAUGGUGAAUCCGGUAGUUUGUUGAUGUACUUUGAAAGACAAACAAGGAAAAAUCCUUCUUUUACAUACGCGUUGCAGUUGGAUAGUGAGGAGAAGAUAACAAAUAUAUUCUGGGAUGAUCCGAAGAUGUUAAUAGACUAUGCCCAAUUUGGUGAUGUUAUUACCUUUGAUACGAUAUUUUGCACCAAUAAAGAAUAUAAGCCAUUCGAUGUAUUUAUUGGAUUUAAUCACCAUAGAGGUAUAUGCAUUUUUGGGGCUGCCUUGUUAUAUGAUGAGACUUCAGAAUCUUUCAAAUGGUUAUUUAAGACUUUUCUAGAAGCCCAUGGGCAGAAGAAACCAUUAACCAUUUUUACUGAUCAAGAUGCUGCAAUGGGAAAGGCGAUAUCUGAGGAAGUAUUAGAGUUUGAAAAUGCAUGGCAGAAAUUACGUAGUGAUUAUCCAGUUAAAGACUCUUCAUGGUUAGAUCGUACCUAUGGGUUGAAAGAGAAACGGGCUAAGUGUUUUAUGAAGAAGACUUUCACCAUAGGUAUGCGAAGUACACAACUCAGUGAGAGUUUGAAUGGGGAUCUGAAGGAUUACUUGAAAUCCAGUUUGGAUCUUGUGCAGUUUUUUAAGCACUUUGAGAGGGUGGUGAACGAUAAGCGUUAUAAGGAGUUGAAGGCCGAGUUUGAGUUUGCUUGGAUUAUUGCUUGCAACUUAAAAUAUCGAAAUGAGAGUCCAGCCAUUUGUGAGUACAUAGUUGCUGUUGUUAAAAGAGAAGGGGAUUUCAAUGUUAUGUUUCACCCAGUUGGCCCUACUAUUGCUUGUAGUUGCAGGAAGUUUGAAACAUUCGGCAUUCUAUGCUGCCAUGCUUGGAAAAUCUUAGAUGUGUUGGAUAUCAAGUUCAUUCCUGCUCCUUAUGUGUUGAGGAGAUGGACAUGGGGAGCAAAGAACAUGAUAGUGGAACGUAGUGACGGAGUCCAAGUUGAAGAAGAUGUUAACUUGGAUUAUACACAACGUUAUAGGCUUCUUUGCCCUAAACUAGUGAGGAUAGCCUCAGACGCAUCAAAUUCUUCUGAGGGAUAUUCAUUGGUUGAUAGAGUUGCUAAUUAUUUGUGCGCACAACUUCAAAAUAUUGUAGUCGAUGCCCCCCAAAUGGAUGUCCCAAAUGAGAAUUAUGAUGUGAACAUAAAAAGGUUGAAGGAGAGAGAGCCUCGCAAAGGAAGCAAGCAAUGGAAGAGUUUCAUGGAAAAGUUUGGAUCUAAGAAGAAAGCGGUGGAAAUUGGCACUUCCCAAUCUUCUCAUCUAAUUCAACCAAGCGCACCAUCCCAUGAAGGUAACUGGAAUCCUAAUGGUGAAUCACAAGAUAUGGAUAACAACAACAUUUCUUUCACUUCACUAUUAGCGGGGUCUGUUGAUUAUUCCCAGUCAUCCUUGUUGUCUUCCCGACCCUCAAAAAUGUAA